AUGGCUUCAGGAAGAGCCUCGAAGAGAAGGCGUCUUAGUCCUUCUGACGAUGAAUUAUCUCCCGCCCCGACCUCCAAUGGAGCCUCAAUGAAAGACUUCUACAGCCGGGCCACCGAAUGGGACCUCGAGCAAGACUACGAACGUCUCCCGCGCAAACUAAAGAAGGAUAAAGAAAAGACGAGAUUACCGAUCAAAACCGCCGAUGGUACUAUUCAUCAUGUGGAGGAGCCAAAGGCUGCUGAGGAGGAAUCAGACAGCUUUCUGGACACCGACUCAGGCGAAGAGGAUGCGGUCGAAGAGCCUACAGCAGAGGAGCAGGUCCAAGAAGAGGCUCCAAAGGUCCCUCUGAAGGUUCAAGUCAUAGAGGCGAAAGAGGAGCUCGCAAGAAUUGCUAUGCUGAUUAACGAGGAUCCUGAAGAGCAUGUGGGUUCUUUCAAAAAGCUGGCAGAUAUGGUGGACAAAGACACCCACCCAGCGAUCAAAAAGCUGGCUCUCGCGACGCAAGCGGCUGUAUUCAGGGAUGUUAUCCCAGGUUACAGGAUUCGUCCUCUGAGCGAAGAAGACAUGAAAACAAAGGUUAGCAAAGAAGUACGGAAACUGCGAAACUAUGAGCAGUCGCUGCUCUCAGCGUACCGACACUACAUCCAACAAUUGACUUCGUUCUCUAAAGGGACAAAACAAGAUCAAGACAAGGACGAAGCUGGUAUGAGGACGGUUGCGGUUAAUUGCGCAUGCAGUCUCUUGCUUGCUGUGCCGCAUUUCAAUUUUCGUACCGAGCUACUCAAGAUCCUAGUCAAUCGACUCUCGAAAAAACGGAUCGACGCAGACUUUGUCAAGUGCAGGGAAACGAUGGAAGAGAUAUUCUCCAAGGAUGACGAUGGUAUUGUUUCGUUGGAAGCUGUGAGCCUCCUUUCAAAGAUGAUGAAAGCAAAGGAGUUCAGGAUUCACCAGAGUGUGCUGGACACAUUUCUGCAUCUGCGGUUGCUCUCUGAGUUCUCGUCCAAAGGCUCGAAAGACAAGGUCGAUCGUCAGAACGAUGUACCCACCUUUCGAGGCAAGAAACUCAAGGUGAAGAAGGAAUUUCGGACUAAGAAAGAACGGAAACUGGAGAAAGAGCGCAAGGCCGUGGAAAAGGACAUGAAAGAAGCCGACGCACUCGUCAGUCAUGAGGCACGGGACAAGAACCAGGCCGAAACUCUCAAGAUUGUUUUCGGUAUCUAUUUUCGGAUUCUGAAACAGCGCAUUCCCCAUCUUAUGGGUGCUGUGCUGGAAGGUCUUGCAAAAUACGCUCAUCUGAUCAACCAAGACUUCUUCGGAGAUCUGCUCGAAGCGCUCAGGGAUCUGAUUACACAGCUUGAAGCGGAGGAAAGUAUUGAGGAGGAUGCAGAGGACGAGGAGUCUCCCGCAACCGCAACCAGGAACUCUGCUCGAGAGGUCCUUUUGUGCACCAUCACCGCGUUUGCGCUCCUCGAGGGACAGGACGUCAGCAAAGCUGCCUCUUCCCUCCACCUGGAUCUGAGUUUCUUCAUCACACACCUUUAUCGUGCUUUGUAUCCUCUUUCCGUCAACCCCGAUAUUGAAUUCAAUCCAGAAAAGUCCCUGCGGUUACCUGAUCCCAACUCCUCCCAAGAUGGUGAUGGGAAGGACAACGAUACCGUUGAUCGGUCUCGCCCUAAAAGCAAGGUGAACUUCCAGACCCCGAUGGUCUUGCUCCUCCGCUGUCUCCAAUCGAUCCUCUUGGCUCGCACCCAUGGCGUCCCACCUCCGAUCCGUCUCGCCGGCUUCAGCAAGCGCCUUAUGACGACGGCACUCCAGCUACCGGAGAAGUCCUCCCUCGCGAUGCUCUCCCUUAUGGGACGCGUCGCCAAACAGCAUGGGCGGAAGAUCGCGCCGCUCUGGCACACGGAGGAGCGGAAGGGGGACGGCGUCUUCAACCCGUUCGCUACCGAUGUGGAGCAGAGCAACGUCUUUGCGGGAACGGUCUGGGAGGGCGAGCUUUUGCGGCUUCACUACUGUCCUCAAGUCCGGGACGCAGCGGCGGAGCUUGAAAAAAUGAUAGCAUCAGUGAAGUAG